AUGGCACCCCGUGUACUACACAUCCCAGAUGGCACCCUGUCCUGGACCCUGGUCCAUCAACCUGGACCCUGGUCCACCAACCUGGACCCUGGUCCAUCAACCUGGACCCUGGUCCACCAACCUGGACCCUGGUCCAUCAACCUGGACCCUGGUCCACCAACCUGGACCCUGGUCCAUCAACCUGGACCCUGGUCCAUCAACCUGGACCCUGGUCCACCAACCUGGACCCUGGUCCAUCAACCUGGACCCUGCUCCAUCAACCUGGACCCUGGUCCACCAACCUGGACCCUGGUCCAUCAACCUGGACCCUGGUCCACCAACCUGAACCCUGCCAUCAACCUGGACCCUGGUCCAUCAACCUGGACCCUGGUCCACCAACCUGGACCCUGGUCCAUCAACCUGAACCCUGGUCCACCAACCUGGACCCUGGUCCAUCAACCUGGACCCUGGUCUACCAACCUGGACCCUGGUCCAUCAACCUGGACCCUGGUCCAUCAACCUGGACCCUGGUGCACCAACCUCAACCCUGGUCCACCAACCUGGACCCUGGUCCAUCAACCUGGACCCUGGUCCAUCAACCUGGACCCUGGUCCACCAACCUGGACCUUGGUCCACCAACCUGGACCUUGGUCCACCAACCUGGACCCUGGUCCACCAACCUGGACCCUGGUCCACCAACCUGGACCCUGGUCCACCAACCUUGACCCUGGUCCACCAACCUGGACCCUGGUCCACCAACCUGGACCCUGGUCCACCAACCUGUACCCUGGUCCAUCAGCCUGGACCCUGGCCCACCAACCUGGACCCUGGUCCAUCAACCUGGACCCUGGUCCACCAACCUGGACCCUGGUCCAUCAACCUGGACCCUGGUCCACCAACCUGGACCCUGGUCCACCAACCUGGACCCUGGUCCACCAACCUGUACCCUGGUCCAUCAGCCUGGACCCUGGUCCAUCAACCUGGACCCUGGUCCACCAACCUGGACCCUGGUCCAUCAACCUGGACCCUGGUCCAUCAGCCUGGACCCAGGUCCAUCAACCUGGACCCUGGUCCAUCAGCCUGGACCCUGAGCCAUCAACCUGGACCCUGGUCCAUCAACCUGGACCCUGGUGCACCAACCUGAACCCUGGUCCACCAACCUGGAUCCUGGUCCAUCAACCUGGACCCUGGUCCAUCAAUCUGGACCCUGGUCCAUCAACCUGGACCCUGGUCCAUCAAUCUGGACCCUGGUCCAUCAACCUGGACCCUGGUCCAUCAACCUGGACCCUGGUCCAUCAACCUGGACCCUGGUCCAUCAACCUGGACCCUGGUCCACCAUCCUGGACCCUGGUCCAUCAACCUGGACCCUGGUCCAUCAACCUGGACCCUGGUCCAUCAACCUGGACCCUGGUCCAUCAACCUGGACCCUGGUCCACCAUCCUGGACCCUGGUCCAUCAACCUGGACCCUGGUCCAUCAACCUGGACCCUGGUCCAUCAACCUGGACCCUGGCCCAUCAACCUGA